AUGAAGUCUUUCCCGGGCCUGCAGGGAUUCCUUCUGCUUCUAUUCUUUAUGAGGACUUGUGCUGAUGAUUGGUCAGCCUUUCGUCUGCAAUGCACCAAUCACUGGUUCUAUCUCAGGAUUAAGGCCACACUAUUUCCCAAUAUAUUUAUGGAUCCUGACGAAGUGUUUUUAGGAAUUGGCUGCCCUGUGUCCACUUCCUGGCCAAAUGAUAUCUACGACUUUACCUACCGUACUUACUCCUGUGGGAUUGUCAAUAAAGUUCUUCAUGAUGUCACUCUGCUUCAGACUAAACUUACAUAUAUCUCAAAAAACUCUACUUUACGAGCUGAGAUGCCUCUGUCCUGUGUUCUGCACAGUCGGUAUCCUCUUUUAUGUGAAGCUGAAAUUAGAGGAGAUUUCACUGGCAAUCCUCCUGAAUGGGAAGUAGAUAUGACAACAAAAUCUGUUCCUGAAGUGCCAACAAACUAUUCAACAUCAAGUGAAGAAGACUAUUUUUACCAGGACUACCAGAUUCCUGGAACCAGCUGUCUGAAGCCUGUUGAA